AUGUCGCUGAUUGCUGAGAACUACUGGAUAGCAGGAUUAUUAUCACUUUCUGGUGCUGGUGUCCUACUUUUGUGCUACAACGCCUUCUUCCACCCUCUAGCUCAGUUCCCAGGUCCUCGACUGGCUUCUAUAACAGGUCUAUGGCGUCUCUAUCAUUAUGCGAUCGGUGAUUGGCAUGAUCUGAUCCUAGACCUUCACCGGAAAUAUGGCAGGGUAGUCAGACUGGCACCAAACGAGCUCUCGGUCGUGGACGAGUCGGCUAUGAAAACUCUCUACGGCCAUGGUACACCUGCUCUGAAAAGUAACUGGUAUAGUGCAUUCCAAAGCCCACAAGCAGCUCCGAACCAACUCGCCACGCAAGAUCCUCAGAUCUCUGCCGACAUCCGACGGAGAAUGGCUCCUGCCUUCAAGAUGACUGCUCUGCUGCGACUGGAAAGCUCCAUGCAGGAUUGCUUUGAUAAGCUCUGGCAGCAACUCGAUAAACCUGCCUCGGAAGGUGCGAUCGUCGACAUGUGUCACUGGACGGAUACCUUGACUUGGGACGUUAUCGGCCAGCUUUGUUAUGGAGAACCUCUCGGCUCAAUCGCUGGUGCCGGCGACAUGAACGUCCAGGGUAUACUGAUCAAGUUUCUUAUGGUCUCCACGGUUCUGGGUCAUGUUUGGGGUCAGCUUUUCUGGAUUGAGAAUCCUUUGACACGUCUCCUCGGCAUCAAGAAUCCACUUUCGAAGUUCUUCGAGUGGUCGUCCAUGAAGGUCCGACAGCAUGAGGAGAGUGAUCGUAGCGGAGUUCAACCGGACAUGAUUGAUCACUUUCUUGCCUAUAGAGAUUCUGAAGGCAAACCACCGACCCGUCUCCAGGUUGUUGAUGGUGCCACUGCAACCAUUGGCGCUGGAGCAGAUACAGUAGGUAUUGCGAUGCGCUCAGUCCUGUAUUAUCUCAGCAUAAAUCCUGCAGUCGUUGCGAAACUGCAAAAGGAGAUUGAUGCACUAGAUUCCAGCGAAUCGAUCUCGUUCAGACAGACGCAACAACUGCCAUACCUGAAAGCUGUCGUCAGAGAGUCUUUGAGGAUGUACUCCUCAGUACCUGCUCAGCUGUACCGAAUCGUCCCCGACGGUGGCCUCUCGGUUGAUGGUCACUUCAUUCCACCAGGAACGAUCGUAGGCAUGUGCAGUCUUGCGCAAAACAGAGAUACUGCAAUCUUUGGACAAGAUGUUGAUGUCUUCAAGCCAGACCGAUGGCUGGGUGAUGAAGCAAGAGGGAGGUAUCUGGAGAACGCCUUGUUCAACUUCGGAGGUACAGGACCACGAUCUUGUCCUGGCAGAGAUCUUGCGAUGAUUGAGCUGUACAAGUUUGUAGCACAGAUGGUCCAAAAGUUCGACUUUGAGCUGGUGGAUAAGGAACGUCCGUGGUCAGUCAAGACAUAUUUCUUCGCCCUCCACACCGAUAUGUGGAUGAAGCUUGCUCGCCGAGAGAAGCGCGUCGAGCUUUGA